AGAAUCCUUAAACAGAUCCUAGAGGGUCAGCCAUGCUACAGUGUUACAAAAAGUACUUUUAUCCUUUGUAAUGAUUAUUUUACCAAGAACUAUUGUUUAAAUAAACUUGAAAUGUGCAACUGUUAGGAAGUCAAGAUUUAUAGUAAGUAAUUUUGAACAUGCAGAAGUAAAGUUUAAAAUGAUGAGUAAAUAAUGUGUGUGACACCUGUAAUAUGACUAGAGAGAAUGUUACUUUUUAAGCCAAAUGUAAUAAUGUAAAAUGAAGGUAGUAUGUGUAUAUCAAACCUAUUGCAUGUAAGAGCAACAAAAGGAUAUAAUUUUGUUGAGAACAGAGAACAAAAGAGGAAAAAAUACAUAGACACUAAAGAGUCAAGCAGCAGCUGCAUCUAUCAUUUCAAAAAUUUGAAGUGUCUAAAUUUAAGUGUUCUAUUUGAAAAUCUUGGCUAACUUCAGUGUCAUUAGCGAAUCUCUAUUUUUACUAUUUAGACUUACAAUUCACUGGAAUUUUUGUUAUGCAAGUAGUCCUGUUUUUUUUCCCCCAUAUUAAUAACAUGGUGAUCCAGAUCCAAGUACCUUAAAAAGUCUAUUCUUUCUACACUGCAGUUGCUCAAAUGUGAUUUUCUCUCUCAAGGUUAGCAUGGAGUAAAGUUUGCCAUGAGUUGGAAUCGACUUUACGCGCACAACGACAAAAACAAGAGAUCAGUAUUCUAGAAGUGCUCCCUUUUCAGACUGGCGUUCCCUUGGAGUCAUGACUGGUAAUGUAGUCACUUUGUUACCUGAAGCAGGUCCUGCCCCGUGCAGCUUCUCAACAAUAGACACAGUGAGGUGAGGAGGGAGGAAGAGCAUCUAUUGCAAGUGCACAGGCAAGGAGCAAGGAGGUGUAUACCUCAAAUCUGGCUCCCCGAACAAAGGGAGGAAGAACCUUUUAUACCGUCCUUCACAAGGAAGUACAAACAUCAUGGACUACAUAGAUUAUCAUGUCUUGCAAGCGCAGUAAGACAAAUUACUUUUUUUCCUCUUUAAUAUGUUCAGAAAAUGAUGGUUAAGUCCCACCCUGAGUGGAGAUCUUAACAUUAAGUUAGGUCUUAAUGAUGCUUAGGUUACUUUGGGAUACUUUUGAGGCUAGUAAACAGGGUUUGCCUGGUUUAAGGCAGGAACUGAGCCACACAAAGCACUCAGGGUCUUUGAGGACAGUGGACAGGAUGGGGCAGGUUCUGUUUGAUAAUGGCUGAGCAGCUGCUAAUUGAGUCAUGUACAGCGCUGUCUAUCACUUAAGGUUUUGAUGAUAACAGACAGGAGGAGGUCUUGCUUGCUAAUGGCUGAGCAGCUGCUGGCUGCUCUGGCUAUCAACUUCCUAUCAAAUUCAAACCUUCAUUCAAAACUGCUGAACUUUCCUGGUUCGGAAUCUAAAAGUUGCCCGUCAGAUAACAUCUCAGUAUUGGCUUACAUUUCCUAAAGGCCUAAUACAUGUCAGAACUAUGCUUUUUCUUUCCUCUAGCUUGAAGCUUCAGAAGUGGGAAUGGGCCCUGUUUCAGAGGUCACAGUUUGAUUUUUCAUUUCUAGGAGGAGGCAACCUACAGGUUGAGGUAUGGAAUCUUGAGUACCAGUAGACUCAGAGACCAAACCCUUCCCAUAGUCCACCUCGGGCAUGAAGGACUAUAUGGCUCUGAAACUUAACAUAUCCAAAACAGCUUUCUAGUCUCACCGCAGCAAAUCUGCUUCUCACCUGGCUUUCCCAUAUCAGUAAAUGGUACCAGCAUCCAUUCAUUAGAUUGGGAGAUAUACUCAGUCCACCACUAUCCUCUUUUUCUCUCACCUUCCACCUUCAGGAAAGCACCAAGUCCUGUUGGUUUAGAACCAAAAUAUAACCACCAUCUUCUUGGCUGCAACCCUAGUCCAAGCUACUCUGAGAGAUGUCCCUUAGGAAAACAGAUUCUGAACUUUCUCCUACUUUUUCUUUUGUCACAAGAAGGUAUAAUCUCCACCUGACAGCAAGAGGCAUAUUUCAAAAAAAUGUAUACCAAGUAAGCUAUCAAUCACAUAUAGAAUAAAAUCCACGUUUUACAUUGGCCAACAAGAGCCUACAUGUUCAGGCUUAUGUAUGGCUCUUUGACUUAAAUUUAUAACACUUGCCUCAUGUUAAGUAAGCUCUCGACACAUUUUUUAAAAAGUACAAAGAUGUCAAGAUUUUUCCUGCCUUUCAUCCUUUUGCACCAGGUAUUUCCUGUGAUUAGAGGAAAACUUUUUUACCAUAGGCAUCCCAUUAUUAAUUCAGGUCUAAUUGCAAAUGUCACCUCAGAGAGUCCUCCUCUGUCCCCUUUGUUAUUCCCACUCAUUUCUGUAUUUAAAUAUCAUUGCAGUUUUCAGAAAUUAGGUUGACAUUAAUCUUAAUCAUGUCAAUAUAACCAAAUUAUAUUGAAUGUUACCUUUGCUUUUAUCUACUCUCUUUCCCUAUGUGACAGGUUUCCAGCAGACAAAAAGCUGUGAAGCUCUGCAUUGUGGUGAUGGCAGCCUUCACACCCUCUCUGCUGUGUUGAUCAGUUAGGGUUCUGUUGAGUCCACUAGAGCUGCGAUGUCCACUAGCCAGAUGUGGCUAUUGCAAUUAAAAUUAAUUAAAUGUAAAAUAAAAUAUUCCGUUCCUUAGUUGCACUAGUCACGUGUUAAGUGCUGACUAUCCACGUGUGGCUAGUUGCUUCCAUAUUGGUCUAUGCAGAGACAAAACAUGACUAUCUUCAAAGAAAAUUCCACUGAUAGUGCCACUCAAGAGUAUCUACAACGGGUGGUAAUCUGUGUUUGUGAUUAUUCUGUGUGUGACCCCAAUUAUCCGUGUCGUAGGCGGGAAGGAACAAGAAAAGAAAAUACAGAGCGUCUGCCUAUAGAUUUACAGUCUAGCAUGGGAGACAGUUUUAAAUAAAUAAUGAAAAAUCAGAGACAUCUGAUACCUGUAAUAAAAGGACCUGACCUGAGAAUCAGGUUAGACGACUUGAAGGGGAAAAUCAUUUCAGUGAAGAUUCAUAAAGUGCUAUAUACAUAGUUAGCUAUAUACAUGAGCAGGGUUGAUAGCAUGUGGGGUGGGUGGGCAUGGAAAGACUAUUUCAGUUGGGAAAAGUGAGCGUGUAAAUCUCUGAAGCAGCAGAGAAUGCAUUGUUAUCCAUUGCUUGAUAAAAGAGAGAAUGCAUUAUUACCCAUUGCUUGAUAAAAGAGGUGAUUGGAGCAAAGAAAACAAAGUGUGGGUGGGAGGUUGAGGGGUGCUGUGUGAGCCAGACUGGAGGAGGCAAUGGCAGCAGGUCGUUCAGAACCAUGCUGACUAUUCUGGGCUUUUUGAAGGUCAGGGGACAGCCUCUGAUGGGCAUUAAGCAGGGAUGGGUGUGAGUGUAUUUCUAUUUAAAACAGAACAUUCCAGUUCCUGUACUGCAAAUAGAUUUUGGAAAUGACAACCAUGAAUGAAUGAUGUCAAGCAGGACCUUGUUAUGAACAAGUUAAGGAAGACUGUGAGGUGGCCUAGACAUGGAGAUUGUUUAUAGGUCAGGAAGAUAGUGGAUGAUAUACUGUAAAUGUAGAUAGUUCAAAGGGCAUCUCAGUUGAUAGAAUGCUCAUUCCUUGAGUUACAGGCUAUACAGCAGUGAAUGCUUCUCAAAGUUGAAUGUGGAUGUGGAUAACCAGGGUGCAUUAAAAUGCAGAUUUUUAUUUAGCAGGUCUAGGGUGUAGCUUGAGAGUCUAUGUAUCAAGCUCCCAGUUUAUGCUGAAAAUAAGCAUAGAAAUAAAGUUGUGAAUUAAAAUUAGUGCUGUGAGACAAAAUAAUAAAAGGAAAGAUAAUACUUAAAGGGGAAACACUGAUAUAACGGUCAUGUGAGAAAGAACAUUUACACCGAGAUCAAGAAAUAAAAGUGAGAGUCCGCUGGAUAGGGGAGCUGGGUGGGAGGGGGGGAUGGGAACCAAAGCAGGAGAGGGCUCCUUAGAGAAAACUUAAUGAUUGUCUGAUUUAUUUGUCAAUCAAUUUAUUAUAAUUGUGAAAGAGAAAGUGUUAGGAAUCUUCCCAGAUUUCUUGAAAGCUUGGGAACUGGUGGUGGUAUGGUCUGAAAGGAAAAAAAAAAAAAACUCAAGGGUAAUAAUGAAAUUGCAAAAUCAGCAGGAAAAAUACUGAUCACAUAUUGCAAUGGUAUAUAUGAGGGUUAAAAAACAAAAGCAAAGCUCAGUAGAAGAGAUUUAAUUGCACAUAGUUAAAAAUCAUUGAAACAUGAUGAGUGCAUUGACCAAACUUUAAAAAUAUGUUCUUCCUGAAAAUUCACCCACGUUGAUAUCAAAUAACUGUAUGUGUUGAUCUACAAGGGGCAAAGUUACAUAGGUGAACAAACGCAUCCAUGAACCCCUGAGUGCCUGGAGAAAAUCAGGUUCAAGUUUACCAGCCUUGCCCUGGAUGUUUCUCAUGCUCUGGAAUGAGUAAAUUCCUCCAUCUGUGAUGUUGUUGCCAAAUGAAGAGGCUUGAGUAGCUGUGUGAAGAAUGCAGGUCCCAGGUGGCACAGAGAGAACUAGUCCAGUCUAAGCAGUUGGUUACCUAGGGCGACUGUCUUACUUAUCCUUGUUAUCACAAGUAAGGUUUCAGCUGCUCUGACUGACUGUGUGGACCAAACAUUAUUCAUCUGCCUCCAGACUGCCCGGUGGCUCUGCUUCCACUCCCAUCCAUCUCACUUAAGUGGCUUCUUGGGCUCUGAGAGGACAUUCACUUAACUUCCAGAAGCUGGAGCAAGGACAUGGACUCAGUGGUCUUUGAGGAUGUGACUGUGGAAUUUACCCAGGAAGAAUGGGCUUUACUGGAUUUUUCUCAGAGAAAACUCUACACAGAUGUGAUGAUGGAUACCUUGAGGAACCUGGACUCAGUGUUUCAACAGGAUAAUAAUGGGCAAAUGUCCACGAAGAAUGACUCCUGGUCUUCCAUGUUAGGAGAAAUCUGUGAAUUCCAUGGCAUUGAACAUCCCCACAACAAUCAGGGAAAGCACAUGAGAAAAUAUUCAGUAGAGAGCCUCUGGGAAAGUAAGGAUGGUGAAGUAAAUAAAGAUGAAGAAGGUCAUCACUGUAGAGAAAGUUUCAGCUGGAUUGGAAAUCUUACUAGGCUCAAAAGAACUACUGGAGUAAACCCUUUUGAAUGCCUUGAGUGUGGAAAAGCCUUUAUGGAUCAUUCAUCAUUUAAGAGUCACAUCAGAUCUUGCACUGGAAAAAAACCUUAUCAUUGUAAGGAAUGUGGAGAAGACUGCACUUGUCCUUACCAAAAACCUCGUGUGAGAGAGAAAGUUUGUAAAUGUAAGGAUUAUGGGAAGCCUUGUAGUUGUUCCUUACCCCUCACUAAACACAUAAGAACCCACAGUGGAGAGAAGCUUUAUGAAUGUAAGGAGUGUGGGAAAGCCUUUAAUUAUCUUUCAAAUCUCACCAGACAUAUAAGAACUCACAGUGAAGAGAGACCUUAUAAAUGUAAGGAAUGUGGGAAAGCUUUUCGUUGUUCCUCAUCUCUCAGUGUACAUCUAAAAUCUCACAGUGGAGAGAAGCCUUAUGCAUGUAAGGAAUGUGGGAAAGCUUUUUGUCGGCCCUCAGACCUCAGUAGACAUACAAGAACUCACAGUGGAGAGAAGCCUCAUGAAUGUAAGGAAUGUGGGAAAACCUUUACUUUUUCCUCAUCUCUUACUAUACAUAUAAGAUCUCACAGUGGAGAGAAGCCUUACGAAUGUAAGCAAUGUGGGAAAGCCUUUAGUCGGUCCUCACACCUCACUACCCAUAUAAUAACACACAGUGAAGAGAGGCCUUAUGAAUGUAAAGAAUGUAGGAAAGCCUUUAAGCAAUUUGCACAGCUCAGUAGACAUGUAAGAGUUCACGGUGGAGAGAAGCCUUAUGAAUGUAAGGAAUGUGGGAAAGCCUUUAGUGAGUUUUCACAACUCACUAAACACGUAAGAAUUCACAGUGGAGAGAAGCCUUAUGAGUGUAAAGAAUGUGGAAAAGCCUUUAGUCGGUCCUCGUAUCUCAGUGCCCAUAUAAUAACGCACAGUGAAGAGAGGCCUUAUGAAUGUAAAGAAUGUGGAAAAGCCUUUAAGCAGUUUUCACGACUUACUAGACAUGUAAGAGUUCACAGUGGAGAGAAGCCUUACACAUGUAAGGAAUGUGGGAAAGCCUUUUGUGAGCUUUCACAACUCACUAGACAUGUAACAGUUCACAGUGGAUACAGGCCUUAUAAAUGUAAGGAAUGUGGAAAAUCUUUUAGUCGGUUUUCAUACCUUACUGGUCAUAUAAGAGUUCACAGUGGACACAGGCCUUAUAAAUGUAAAGAAUGUGGGAAAGCCUUUAAUCAGUCCUCACACCUCACUACCCAUAUGAGAUCACACAGUGGAGAGAGGCCUUAUAAAUGUAAGGAAUGUGGGAAAGCCUUUUUUCAGUCCUCACACCUCACUGACCAUGUAAGAACUCACAGUGGAGAGAAGCCGUAUGAAUGUAAGGAAUGUGAGAAAGACUUUAGUUGUUUUUCAUCUUUUCGUAAACAUGUUAGAACUUACCAUGGACAUAGGCCUUCUGAUAGUAAGGAAUAUGGGAAAGCCUUUAGUUCUCACACCUCCCUGAUCAUAUAAGAUCUCAGUGGAGAGAACAUGUGGUGCACUGAACUGCUAUUACAUGGCCCAUCUAGCCAUGGUCUUGUAAUUUCCACAGAAUGAUUGGGUGGGAGUUUGUUUAUUCAC